AUGCAUGACCUCAAGAGCAUCCCAACAAAGGCUUAUGUUGUUGAGAAGAAAGGUGCCCCAUUUAUUCUCCCAGACAUUUUACUUGACGAAAUACAGAGCCAUGAGGUCCUUGUGGAGAUCUUGUACACCGGCCUGUGCCAUACAGAUAUCGUGGUUCAACAUGGCGGCAUGCCCGUUGGUGGCUAUUCCGCCAUUCUAGGCCACGAAGGUGUUGGGGUUGUGCGCAAGAUUGAAUUCGGUGUUUCUAAUCGACGUUUGCUUCCUGGUGACAUCGUGAUCCUAUCAUUCCAUACGUGCCAACAGUGUCGAUAUUGCCAAGAGGGGAAACUCGGAAGUUGCACCCGUAUGACAGAGAUCAACUUCGUCAAAACGGGCCGGGCUGGUCCUGGAAUGAACUCGCCAGCCUCUCCUCCAGAUGGAACGCCGGUUUUUGCGCAAUUCUUUGGGCAGUCCUCUUUGAGCAAAUUGAUGAUGGUUCCAGAGAUAUCUGUGGUGAAAGUCGAGUUGCGUCUUGAAGAUAACCUCUCCUGCUUGCCACCGUUAUCAUGCGGCUAUCUGACUGGAGCAGGAACGGUGUUCAAUGCACUGCAGCCGAAGAAAUCCGACACGGUUGCAGUCGUCGGAAUGGGUGCUGUGGGAUUCGCAGCUUUCCUUGGGGCUUCUCAUACUAUCAACUCUGGCGCAUUCCAUGAUAUCAACGAGGGCAUCCGAAGUAUCUUCCCAGAUGGAGUUGAUAUGAUAGUCGAGACAACAGGAGUGGCCGUUCUGGCAGAGACAUCAGUGAAAGCUCUGGCUCAUGGAGGAGCAUUGGCUCUUGUUGGCGUGCUGCCUCCAGAAGCAGAUAUCAAGAUCAAUGAGUUGGAUGUGUUGGUGUCUUGUAAGAAGAUUGUAGGCGUUAUUGAAGGAUCUACCAAUCCUCACGAGAUGAUUCCGCGGCUUGUUGAGUUGUACAAACAGGGCAAAUUUCCUGUAGACAAACUGUCUAAGGUCUACCCAGCCGAACAAUUGGACCAAGCUUUGGAAGAUCUGAAGACUGGAAAGGUGAUUAAGCCAGUUUUGUCGUGGGAAAGCGUGGCUUCAUCUGAAUAG